UCAUCGGGGAGCGACGAAGGCAGGAGAGGGAGGGGUGUGUUGUGAGCACACCUUGGUGCUGGUGGGGGUGGCCUACGAAAGUGUCAUGGCUGCCGCCGCUGAGCUUAGUCGCGCGACCCUCGGUGACAGGAGCAUGGAGCGGAGCUGCAGCCCCAACCUCUCCCAAGAGGUGGUCUGCGAAGUCUUUCGCUCCUUGCAUACCCUUGCUGGACAACUUAACCUCAGAGAUGAUGUGGUGAAAAUUACAAUCGAUUGGAACAAGCUCCAGAGCCUCUCGGCAUUCCAGCCUGCUUUGCUCUUUAGUGCACUUGAGCAACACGUUUUAUAUUUACAGCCUUUUUUAGCAAAACUUCAGCCUCUAAUUAAAGAGGAGAAUACAGCUGUUGUUGAAGAGAUAGGAAAAACAGAAACAGGGAACAAGAAUGAAGUAAAUGCCAAAUUUCCCAUUGGUGACCUACAAGAGGAAGAAAAGCAAAAAGAUUGUGAUUUAGGAGAUAUGAAAAAGACACAGAUCCAUUUUGAUCCAGAAGUCGUUCAAAUAAAAGCUGGAAAAGCAGAAAUUGACAGACGAAUAUCUGCGUUUAUUGAAAGAAAGCAAGCUGAAAUCAAUGAAAACAACGUCAGGGAAUUUUGCAAUGUUAUUGAUUGUAAUCAAGAAAAUAGUUGUGCGAGAACUGAUGCCGUUUUUACUCCUUACCCUGGAUUUAAAAGUCAUGUAAAAGUUUCUAGAGUUGUGAAUACAUAUGGACCACAGACUAGACCUGAAGGAAUUCAAGGAUCAGGUCAUAAACCUAACAGCAUGCUCCGGGAUUGUGGUAAUCAGGCUGUGGAAGAACGACUGCAAAAUAUUGAGGCUCACUUGCGGUUGCAGACAGGUGGUCCAGUGCCAAGAGACAUUUAUCAGAGAAUUAAAAAACUUGAGGAUAAAAUCCUUGAAUUGGAAGGCAUCUCUCCUGAAUAUUUUCAAUCUGUGAACUUUUCUGGGAAAAGAAGAAAAGUUCAACCACCUCAACAGAACUAUUCACUGGCUGAACUUGAUGAGAAAAUUAGUGCCCUCAAACAAGCUCUGCUCAGAAAAUCAAGAGAAGCAGAACCCAUGGCAACUCAUCACCUUCCCUGAAAAAAACUCCUCUUUGUCAUUUUACUUUUUAGAUACAUGUGUAGCUUAUACUGCAAUUAGUUAAAUGGGUAUGCAUUUAUUAAUGUAGACUUCCCUCUAUAGUCAGAAUUUAUUUUCAUGUGAAGUCAACAUCUGCUUUAAAGCAAGCAAUCUUCAAAUAUUCCAGUGUACUUUGAAAUAGUUAAUGCAUACUAAAAAUGGCAUCGUUGGAAUUUAUUCCCUUCUGUUUUAAAGGAGGUAUUUUGGGGAGUUCCCGUCGUGGCGCAGCAGAAAUGAAUCCAACUGGGAACCAUGAGGUUGCGGGUUCAAUCCCUGGCCUUGCUCAGUGGGUUAACGAUCCGGCAUUGCCGUGAGCUGUGGUGUAGGUUGCAGACGUGGCUUGAAUCCCAUGUUGCUGUGGCUGUGGCAUAGGCCUGCAGCUACAGCUCUGAUUGGGCCCUUGCCUGGGAACCUCCAUAUGCCACUGGUGAGGCCCUAAAAAAAUUAAAAAAAAAAAAAAAAAAAAAAGCUAAAGGAGGUAUUUUGGAAAUUGGAAAACGAUUCGAAAGUACAUCUUUGUGUGUGUGUUUAGCACAAAAAGGAAGAUUUGUUUUGAACAGUGAUACUGAAGAAAACAUAUUUGUAACAUUUAUGUUAACCAGUUUUAAAGUCAGUAUUUUGUAUAUAAUAGACAUUCAAUAAAAUGUAUUGAUUGAAAUGAAUUUUAAA